AUGUGGGUCAGUAAUCAGAGCUCACUAGAUGAUUUUAUCUUACUGGGAUUUUCUGAUCGAUCCUGGCUGGAAACACCACUCUUUGUAAUCUUUCUGGUGGCUUACAUCUCUGCCCUGUUUGGAAAUAUCUCUGUUAUCCUAGUUUCUCGCCUGGAUCCCCAGCUGGACAGUCCCAUGUACUUUUUUGUCUCUAAUCUAUCCCUUCUGGAUCUCUGCUUUACUACCAGUACUGUCCCACAGAUGUUAGUCAACCUUUGGGGACCAGAAAAGACCAUCAGCUAUGGUGGUUGUGUUGCCCAGCUCUAUAUUUCCUUGGCCUUGGGUUCUACGGAAUGCAUACUUCUAGCCAUCAUGGCCUUUGACCGUUAUGCUGCUAUUUGCAAGCCCCUUCGCUACCCAAUCAUCAUGAACCAGAGGCGCUGUAUCCACAUGGCCACUGGGACCUGGAUUAGUGGCUUUGCUAACUCCCUUGUUCAGUCCACUCUCACCGUGUUGACCCCAAGAUGUGGACAGAGGGUGAUGGACCAUUUCUUCUGUGAAGUUCCUGCUCUUCUGAAACUAGCUUGUACAGAUACCCAUGUGAAUGAGGCUGAGCUCAAUGUGCUAGGGGCUUUGCUACUUCUGGUGCCCCUCUCCCUCAUCCUGGGCAUUUAUGUGUUCAUUGCCCGGGCAGUAAUGAGAAUCCGCUCUGCUGAAAGUCGCUGGAAGGCCUUUAAUACCUGUGCUUCACAUUUGCUGGUGGUCUCUCUCUUCUACUUUACAGCCAUCACUAUGUAUGUCCAGCCUCCCUCUAGCUAUUCACGGGACAGAGGGAAGAUCAUGGCGCUCUUCUAUGGAAUCGUCACACCCACACUCAAUCCAUUUAUCUAUACACUGAGGAACAAGGAUGUCAAAGCUGCCCUUAGAAGGGCACUAACUAAGGAAUUUUGGAUGCUGGUCAACAUACAGAGCCGCUGGAGAAAUAUCAGCUACGGAGGCUGCAUAGCUCAACUAUUCAUCUUCCUUGGCUUAGGAUCCACUGAAUGUGUCCUUCUCUCAGUAAUGGCCUUUGAUCGUUAUGUAGCUAUCUGCCAGCCUCUGCAUUACACAGUUAUCAUGCAUUCUCGGCUAUGCCAACAAUUGGCAGUGGUGGCUUGG